CCGCCCCCCUUACGCGUGGACACAGAAAGGGGGCAUCAUCAGCGCAAUCAAAUAGGCGCACAGAGCUGCCAGAUCGGAAGAGCGCAGAGAGAUUUUCCAUUCAGAAAUAACUCUCGGGUGGAGUUAACACCGCAGACGUAUGGCAAAUGAAUCCAUAACAUUUUUAUUUCAGUGAAAACGUGCUUGUUCCCCUACUGGCUAGACAUUGUCACCAGUAUUAAACUUGAUUUUAGGAACUUAUCAACUUUACCUGUGGCUGUGAUUUGUGGCCAUGGAUACCCGCAUGCGAUGGAAAGUACAACCGUGGGCACAAGACCUUGUCCUUCCAUUAGCAACAGUUAUUAUUUUUCUCGCUCCGCAAGUCCGUUCAGCUGAACCUGCUGAUCUCCUGAAGAUAUUCGAUUUUCCCAGUCUGCCAGAAGGAGUGACAAAAACAACAGGUUUCUGUGCUCAUAGGAAGUCUUCCAAAGGACCUGAUGUGGCUUAUAGAGUAUCCAAAGAAGCACAGCUUAGCGUACCCACCAAACAGCUUUACCCUGACUCCGGCUUUCCAGAGGAUUUCUCAAUUCUGGCCACGGUAAGGCCAAAAAAAGGCAGCCAGCCAUUCCUCCUGUCCGUCUACAAUGGGAAGGGCAUCCAACAGCUGGGUGUGGAGCUGGGACGCUCUCCCAUAUUUCUGUAUGAAGACCACUCUGGGAAACCUGGGCCAGAGGACUACCCACUAUUCAGGGGAGUCAACUUGGCUGACGGAAAGUGGCACAGAGUGGCCAUCAGUGUUCAUAAGCGGACAGUCACUCUGAUACUUGACUGUAAAAAGAAGUUCAGCAAAACUCUGGGCAGAAGUGGGCACCCCAUUAUCGAUACUUCAGGCAUCAUGGUGUUUGGAACCAGGAUCCUGGAUGAAGAGGUCUUUCAGGGAGAUAUUCAGCAGCUCCUGAUCGUUGAUGACCACAGGGCUGCCCAUGACUACUGCGAGCACUUCAGCCCUGACUGUGAGGUGCCUGUCCCAGACUUCCCCCAGAAUCAGGAACCCAACUUCUAUGAUUAUGCACCUGAAGAAGACGCCUAUUACUAUGAGUACCCUUACUAUGAGGACAUAGACAAGAAGUCAACUGAGUCCCCACCUCCUCCAGAAGAAGUAGCAGGACUUGAUUCCCAUGAGGACACGGUGACUGCUAUGUGGAAAGAUAUGCUGGUGAAGGCGAAAGUGGAGGCUGCCAAGACCAGAGAGGAGUCAUACAUGGAAGAGGGCACCCCCUAUGGGGCAUACGUGGAUUAUGAGACCUAUGAAGCUUCAACAGCAUCCCCAGAUACUGCCAGCAAAGUAAUCAUUAGUAGCAGCGUAGAUCACGGCACUGGGGGCGGAGUGGAUCUGGGCAUAACACUGGAUGGGGAGAUUAGCCUGGGCACUAGGGCUGUCCUGGAGAAGAAGAUCAUCACUAGAGACGAACACACAUCAGUCACUAUUACCCACAACAGCACGCACGUUAUAACUUAUGAUGACGGAUAUGGGGAAGGAAUUGACCUACAGUACAAGGAGGAAGUCCACAGUCAAGGGCACACUGGAGGAGAGGCUGUUACUGAAAGCACUGGAGGCAAUGGGGUGGCCACUGCAGACAAUGAGGUGGGCACAGGAGGCAGUGAAGCAGGAACUGGAAGCAGUGAAGUGGGCAUUGUAGGUGGUGAGGCAGGCACUGAUCUUGCAGAGAUCGGAGAUCUGAAAUCAGAUGUUACAGAGAUCACAGAUCUGGAUGGCUUCAAAGAAGAAUCAAUCACAGACUACGAUGAUGAAGACAUGAAGGAGGCAUAUUAUGCUUACCCUGACUAUGCAGACCCAGAGGAGAAGCUUUUACCAGCAAAGACUGAUGAAACCUUUGAAGAGGUUGAUGCAGAGAGAGGAGAGAAGGGGCAGAAAGGAGAGUCUGCCAUCGUAGAGCCUGGAAUGUUGGUAGAGGGUCCCACUGGUCCAGAAGGUCCCAUUGGUCUUCCAGGCCUCAGAGGAGCACCAGGUCCUCCUGGUACCCCUGGAGAUCCUGGGGAGAGAGGUCCUGAUGGUCAGCCAGGGCUUCCAGGUGCUGAUGGUCUGCCAGGACCCCCAGGAACUGUCCUAAUGAUGCCUUUCCGAUUCAGUGCAGCAUCUGAUUCAAGUCAGAAGGGUCCCGCUGUUUCAGCCCAGGAGUCCCAGAUGCAGUCUAUGAUGCAGCAGGCCCGGCUGGCCAUGCGGGGACCAACUGGCCCAAUGGGUCUGACCGGGAGAUCUGGCCCUCUGGGGCCCCCGGGUAUUGGUGGACUGAAAGGAGAGCCUGGAGAAAGCGGCCUCCAGGGACCCCGUGGCCCCAUGGGAUCACCAGGUCCAUCCGGGAAACCGGGACGACGAGGCCGAGCGGGUGCAGAUGGUGCUAGGGGAAUGCCAGGACAAUCGGGACCAAAGGGGGAGAGAGGAUUUGAUGGCCUGGGUGGACUACCUGGAGAAAAGGGAAACAGAGGUGAGGUGGGGCUUCUUGGGUCCCGUGGACCACAAGGAGAAGACGGAGAAAGGGGAGACAAUGGCGAGGCUGGCCCACGGGGGCUGCCUGGGGAAUCUGGGCCUCGUGGUUUGCUGGGGCCAAAGGGACCUCCCGGACCCCCAGGACCUCCGGGUGUGACUGGAGUGGAUGGCCAUCCUGGUCCUAAAGGAAGCAUUGGUCCACAGGGUGAGCCUGGCCCCCCAGGUCAGCAGGGGAGUCCAGGAGCUCAGGGCCUCCCGGGGCCACAGGGACCCAUAGGCCCACCCGGAGAGAAGGGUCCACUGGGGAAACCAGGUCUGCCUGGAAUGGCUGGAGCUGACGGCCCCCCGGGUCACCUAGGAAAAGAAGGCCCACCUGGAGAGAAAGGAAAUGUGGGGCCUGUUGGUCCCCAGGGGUCUAUUGGCUAUCCUGGGCCCAGAGGAGUGAAGGGAACAGACGGGGUACGAGGACUAAAGGGACACAAAGGCGAAAAGGGAGAAGAUGGGUUCCCUGGAUUCAAAGGGGAUAUGGGCAUCAAGGGUGACAGGGGGGAGAUAGGACCCGGUGGCCCUAGAGGUGAAGAUGGACCAGAGGGUCCAAAGGGGCGAGGCGGCCUCCCUGGAGACUCAGGUCAGGCGGGUCCAAUGGGAGAGAAAGGCAAGUUGGGAGUUCCAGGAUUGCCUGGAUAUCCAGGAAGACAAGGUCCAAAGGGAUCGCAGGGAUUUCAAGGCUUCCCAGGAGCCAAUGGAGAAAAAGGAACUCGAGGCAUAGCUGGAAAGGCUGGUCCAAGGGGGCAGAGAGGACCCACAGGGCCCCGUGGGGAAAGGGGCCCGAGGGGCCCUACAGGGAAGUCAGGACCAAAGGGUACCUCAGGACAUGAUGGGCCCCCUGGACCACUAGGCGAAAGGGGCCUACCUGGCCCUCAGGGGCCUACAGGAUUCCCUGGACUGAAGGGCCCCCCGGGUCCAGCUGGGAAAGAUGGACUGCCAGGGCAUCCUGGACAGAGAGGAGAAACUGGUUUCCAAGGUAAAUCUGGCCCCCCUGGCCCUCCUGGUGUAGUGGGACCACAGGGCCCCACAGGCGAAACAGGCCCGAUGGGAGAUCGGGGACACCCCGGGCCCCCAGGGCCUCCAGGAGAGCAGGGCCUGCCUGGACCUGCAGGAAAAGAGGGAGCAAAGGGUGACCCUGGUCCCAGUGGCCCAGGUGGGAAGGAUGGCCCUCCAGGACAGAGGGGGUUCCCUGGCGAACGAGGAUUGCCUGGACCACUGGGGGCAGCAGGACUUAAAGGAAACGAGGGCCCUACCGGUUCCCCUGGACCUUCAGGCUCCCCUGGUGAACGGGGUCCUGCCGGUCCCGCUGGACCCACUGGGCUUCCAGGCCGUCCGGGUCCCCAGGGGCCCCCAGGCCCAGCUGGAGAGAAAGGUGGCCCGGGAGAGAAAGGCCCACUUGGUCCUGCCGGCAGAGAUGGAGCCCAGGGUCCUGUUGGGCUGCCAGGACCCGCUGGGCCCCUGGGGCCCCCUGGAGAGGACGGAGACAAGGGUGAAGUAGGUGAGCCUGGACAAAAGGGAAGCAAAGGAGACAAAGGAGAACAAGGCCCACCUGGUCCUUCCGGUCCCCAGGGCCUAAUUGGACAGCCCGGCCCUGCUGGGGCAGAUGGUGAGCCAGGACCUCGAGGGCCGCAGGGCCACUUUGGGCAGAAAGGAGAUGAAGGACCCCGGGGAUUCCCAGGCCCCCCUGGGCCACUUGGCCUGCAGGGAUUGCCUGGACCAAUAGGAGAGAAGGGAGAGACAGGAGAUGUUGGCCAACUGGGCCCUCCUGGCCCCCCAGGUCCCAGAGGACCAGCUGGCGCUUCAGGAGCAGAUGGCCCCCAGGGGUCAGUAGGCAAUGUAGGGAACCCCGGACCUGUGGGAGAGAAGGGUGAUGCUGGGGAGACAGGAGAGCCUGGUCUGCCAGGGGAAAUUGGUCCAGUUGGCCUGCGGGGUGAGAGGGGGGAAAAAGGAGAAGCUGGUCCACCUGGUUCUGCAGGGCCUCCUGGCCCUAAAGGUCCUCCUGGAGACGAUGGUCCAAAAGGCAGCCCUGGUCCAGGUGGUUUCCCUGGUGAUCCUGGUCCUCCUGGAGAGAUCGGUAUGCCUGGUAUGGAUGGCCUACCAGGUGACAAGGGAGAGGAUGGUGAACCUGGUCAACCUGGCUCUCCCGGUCCGACUGGCGAGUCUGGUCCCUCCGGCCCCACUGGGAAACACGGUGGCCCUGGUCCUGCUGGCCCUGAGGGAAGAAGAGGUGAAAAAGGAGCGAAGGGUGAGGCUGGUGUGGAAGGUCCUCCAGGAAAGACCGGUCCAGUGGGCCCUCAGGGACCCCCAGGAAAGCCUGGCUCUGAAGGCCUCAGAGGUGUCCCAGGCCCUGUGGGUGAACAAGGCCCCCCUGGUUCCAAAGGCCCAAAUGGACCUCCAGGGCCCAUGGGUCCGCCAGGAUUACCAGGUAUGAAAGGUGACACAGGGGGAAAAGGUGAAAAGGGGCACCCUGGACUCAUCGGGUUGAUUGGACCCUCGGGCGAGCAGGGAGAUAAGGGUGAAAGGGGUCUUCCAGGCCCCCAGGGAUUGACAGGAUCCAAAGGUGACAGUGGCAUUGCAGGUCCCACAGGUCCACUUGGCCCCCCUGGCCCUCCAGGACACCCAGGUCCUCCUGGUCCGAAGGGUUCAAAGGGUUCAGGCGGCUAUGCGGGUCAAAAGGGUGAGAUGGGCAUUCCUGGACCUCCAGGCCCCCCUGGUCCUCCCGGUGAAGUCAUCCAGCCCCUCCCCUUGCAGUCCUUUCCUAAGAGGAGUAAGAGGAGCAUUGAUGGCAGCCAGCUGAUGGGCAACACCGAUGGCAACAAAGACUACAAUGACGGGAUGGAGGAAAUCUUUGGUUCACUCAAUGCCUUGAAGCAGGAGAUUGAGCAUAUGAAGCACCCGCUGGGCACUCAUGCCAACCCCGCCCGCACAUGCAAGGACCUGCAGCUGUGCCACCCUGACUUCGCAGACGGCGAGUACUGGAUUGAUCCAAACCAAGGCUGCCCUGGUGACUCCUUCAAGGUUUACUGCAAUUUCACAGCAGGGGGGGAGAGCUGCAUUUACCCGGAUAAGAAGUCUGCAGGAGUGAGACUGACCUCCUGGCCAAAGGAGAUUCCUGGUUCCUGGUUCAGUGAAUUCAAACGUGGCAAAAUGAUGUCCUAUGUGGACUCUGAGGGGAACCCCAUCAGUGUGGUGCAGAUGACCUUCAUUCGCUUGCUCAGCACCUCAGCCCGGCAGAACUUCACCUACAGCUGCUCCCGCUCGACAGCCUGGCACGACAUCGUUCUCAACUCCUACGACAACGCCAUCCGAUUCCUGGGUUCCAAUGACGAGGAGAUGUCCUAUGAUAACAACUCCUACAUCACCGCUCUGGCAGAUGGCUGUGCGGCAAAGAAGGGAUAUUCAAAAACUGUGUUGGAGAUCAACACUCCCAGGGUGGAGCAGUUGCCAUUUGUGGACAUCAUGUUCAAUGAUUUUGGUGAAACCUCACAGAAAUUUGGCUUCGAGGUGGGCCCUGUCUGCUUCAGUGGAUGAGACUGAUAAUAAAAAUGUAAUGAACAGAACACUGCAAAUCAAUGAAUUACCAGAAAAACUUGUCAUGCCAACACCAGGAAAAGGAAAACAAUUCAAUAAAAAUUGUAAACUCCAUGCACCCUCUCUCUGUCACAUGCAAGUUUUGAAACUAGAGGAGUCGGUUACUGCAACUCAACACCACAUGCCCUGUACCCCUCCACAACCCCACAUCCACACUCUUAGGUGUGGUUCAGUUACUUUGCCUGAAUGCUCUAAUGUGUGCUUUUGUACCUUUGGGAAUUUCACACGCUGAGAGGGUGCGACCUGCAGUGUCUCCUCCUAUAGUGGGAAGUGGGAGAUGUGCUUCCUCCCCAGUUUUGUUUAUGUUAUAUACCCAUUCUCAGAAACAGGGUUAAUAUAUUAUAUAUGUUUGGAGGUUUUCUUGUAAUUUAUAAUGAUGAAGAUUUCAAAACAUGCAUGUGACUUUUUUAAAUCAUAUGGCUGGAGAGUCCGUUGGGAUGAAACAGAGAACAAAAACAGGAAUGAAGUGUGAGACGCCGUGCUGCAGGAGCAAAGCACAGCUGUUUGUCAUUUCAAAGUCAAAUUAUAAUAAUCCAUAUGGAAAAUUUACACAACAAUGUCAUCUCAUUGGAAUAAAGCAAAUGUUUACAACAAUGGUUUGUCUUUCUUUAUGGCUGCACCAUUUUUUAUUUUUGUAAAAUUGCUGUUGUACACUUUCUUAUUUCAGAUUGAGCUGAGUAUUUUCUUUUCAUGUAAAAAAAAUUACAGACUCAUUUUUCACUUUACCGUUUCACUAUAUCUAUGAUAUUUGCAUAAUAUAGGGAUAAUAUAUAUGUGUGGUGUCACAUUGAUACAGGCUGUGUACCUGCACAUGUACCUUGCUAUCCUCCAGCCAUGGCCAGAUUUGGACAUUGCUAAUUCCGGCCUUCUUCAACAGUGUAUAUGUUUUGUUGUGGCCUAGUCUUUUUGUUAUGCAUAACAUUAAAUUUGUAGAGAUGCUUCUGUAUAUUUGUACAGCCUACCUGGUAGCAGGUACUAAAGUUACAGAAAUAACUGUGAUAAUAGGCUUGUGGUAAUCACAGGUUAUAACAAUUUGUUAAAUGUGCGAAACACAUCACUUAUCCCGUUCACUUCUACAGGAGUUGAGUAGAACCCUGUGCAUGGCCAGUGCUUUCUCAAGGGGGAUUGUGGGUUGGCAGCAUAUGCACAACGCUUGUGUCCAUCUGGACACAAGGCUGCUUCUGCAUGGCUUUUUCUCAAUUAAAACCUUGAAGUUUCUGGCUCUUUAGUGCUUUGUUGAAGACUGAGGCUAAAGCUGAAAUUCUGUCUUCAGGGGAUAAAUGGGAAAACUUGAAGAGAGAGAGGGAGCAGGGAGGGCAGGCAGGCUGCAAACAGGGAUAUGUCAGGAUAUUACAGACCUUAAACAGCCUUUGGUGCUUGUGUUUUAUUGUUCUUAACUCAAAGUACAUCACAGAAAUGUAUUUGUUUGUGUGUAUGCAUGUUGAUUUGUCAGUUUUACCUGAUUUUACACUAAGUACAUGCAGGGCAGACGGUACCUGUUUGGGUGGCUGACUUAUUUGCAUCUUCCAGGGUUGACUGAAGCAAAUAUCUCUACACACUACCUUCAACACAUACAAUAGAGCUUGUUUACAGUCUUCAAUUUUUUAAAAUUUGUUUUUUUAAUAUGAGACUUGAACAAUUUCUGGUAGACAUGUUCCGAAAAAUAUUCUGACAUCCAGAUUUAACACCUCGUUGUCAAAGGGACCUUAAUUUACAUUGUUCUGCAACCAACAGUAAUAUGUGUUGUAGCUUUUAUCCUGCUUUGUUUGUUUUUAAGGUCUUAUUGACCCUGUAAGGAUAUAAAUUCUAUUGUUUUUAUGUCAAUAAAUUUAAAUAUCCUGUA